AUGUCGUCGCUUCUCAAACAACGUGUGCGGUUCGCACCGUAUUUGGACCGCGUCCAAUCCGCAAAAGAACUCAUACCACUAUUCCAGACCGGCCAGAGUCUUGGCUGGUCAGGCUUCACAGGUGUGGGGGCGCCCAAAGUCGUGCCGCAAGCACUCGCAGACCACGUCGAACGCAACCAGCUGCAGGGCAAGCUGCGGUUUGACCUUUUCGUGGGAGCUAGCGCGGGCCCUGAAGAGUCCCGCUGGGCAGAACUCGACAUGAUCGCCCGUCGGUCGCCCCACCAGGUCGGCAAGCCCAUCGCCUCUGCCAUCAACCAGGGCCGCAUCCAGUUCUUCGACAAGCAUCUGUCCAUGUUUCCUCAGGACCUCACCUACGGUUUCUAUUCCCGCAACAAGCCAAUGGGGUCGCCCAUUUUGGACUACGCCAUCAUCGAGGCCACGGCCAUCAAGGAGGAUGGCUCUAUCGUCCCGGGGCCCUCCGUAGGCGCAUCUCCUGAAUUCGUUUCUGUUGCCGACAAAGUCAUUGUCGAGGUAAACACCGCAACUCACUCGUUCGAAGGCAUUCACGACAUCGAUAUGCCCAUCAAUCCUCCACAUAGACCGCCAUACCCUUACCUUUCAGUUGAUCACCGGUGUGGCGUCGAUUCUAUUCCCGUCGACCCUUCCAAAGUGGUGGCCAUCGUUGAGUCCAAUCAACGUGACAAGGUACCUCCCAACCACCCAGCAGAUGAAACCUCGAGAGCCAUUGCAUCUCAUUUGAUCGAAUUUUUGGAACAUGAAGUUGCGUUUGGUCGUCUACCCAAAAACUUGCAUCCUUUGCAAUCCGGCAUUGGCAACAUUGCCAACGCAGUCAUCGAAGGACUUUCGUCUGCAUCCUUCCAGAACUUGACUGUCUGGACAGAAGUUCUUCAAGAUUCGUUCUUGGAUCUUUUCGAAAACGGUUCUUUGGACUAUGCCACUGCCACCAGUAUUCGUCUCACCGAGCCAGGGUUUGAAAGAUUUUUCAAGAACUGGGACGAAUUCUCACAAAAGCUAUGCCUAAGAUCUCAAGUUGUUUCUAACAACCCAGAAAUGAUCCGUAGACUUGGCGUAAUCGCCAUGAACACACCCGUGGAGGUCGAUAUCUACGCGCAUGCAAAUUCGACCAACGUUUCUGGAUCACGCAUGCUGAAUGGGUUGGGCGGUUCUGCCGAUUUUCUCAGAAACGCAAAGCUAUCAAUCAUGCACACCCCCUCCGCUAGACCAUCCAAGAUCGAUCCAACCGGAAUCUCCACCAUUGUGCCUAUGGCAUCCCACGUUGAUCAAACGGAGCACGAUUUGGAUGUAGUUGUCACAGAUCAAGGUUUGGCAGAUCUCAGAGGUUUGUCACCAACUGAAAGAGCUCGGGAAAUAAUUAACCACUGCGCUCAUCCUGAGUAUCAGCCCAUUCUGAUGGACUAUCUGGAAAAGUCCGAAUUUUAUGCUCGCAAGAACAAAUGCAUGCACGAGCCCCACAUGUUGAAGAAUGCUCACAAAUUCCACAUAAAUUUGGCUGAGAAAGGUACCAUGAAAGUUGAGUCUUGGAAUUGA